AGAGCAGCACAGGGAGCAGGAGAGGUGGCGGCUGGAAUGGGUGGGUGAGCAGUCUGGUUAGCAAGGACUUGGGCAGAAGCAGAGAUGUCACCAGGUGAGAAUGAGUUUCUACGCCUAAGCUGCUGAAUGUAUGCCUGUGGUAGGGCCCUGUUGCUGCCAGAAGCAUCUCGCGGGAUUUCUUUGUUAUAUCCAUCCAGUAUAUACAGUGCAAGGCAUUGCAGAGAUUAGCAGAGCUUCUGAGAAACUCACGCUGUCUUUGUGCUCUGGCUGUCUGCUGCAAAUGUUACUGCCAAAGCUAAAUGUGUGAGGAUGGUCUUCUCCCAUCUAAAUUCACGGCAAAGCUUCCAGAUCUGAUGAGAGCUGGGCUGUAUUAAGGGUAUUCUUCACCCCAGCUGCUCUUGAGCAAUGCUGAGGACAGUUUCAGUUAGCUUAUUUGACAAACUUCUGUUAUGCAUCAGUUCUUUGGCUCUCAGGGACACGCACCCAAGUGUUCCUCCCAUAAGGCCAGUUUCCUUUCAGGCAGCUGACCGUGCUGUGCUUUUCUUGUUGGGGUCUGCUGAGCACUGGGUCAAGUGUUUGGAAAAUUUGUGUAACUUCCAGAGGAGGGUUAGAAAAAUGUCAAGGGGGAUGAGUUGGCUUUGAGUAGUAGCUUUACAAGGGAGGAGGAAAAUUUCUUGCAUAGUCCUGAGUUUUAGCUAGACCUCUUCUCUUGGUGUGCAAGACAGUAAAAGUUGUUUUAAUACAUCCUGUCAGGAUUUUGCAAAUAACAGAAAAAAAAAUAUGUGAGGUGCUGACCCAUCAUAGCAGCUCUCCUGCUCUCUCUCAGCAGUGAGGUUAUAGGUACAUCAGUCUCCUUUGGGUCUUUUCCUCCAACAGAACAAACCUGGGUUGCCAGUCACCAGCAGAGGCAAUCCUGCAAAUACCAGAGCUGUCCAAGGCUGGGUCUGGUGCCGUUCUAGGAGCAGAUCACACAGGGGCCAGGUGUUGUGGCAAGCAGUCUGAAAGCAGCACUUCACAGACUCAGGUUCCUGCAUCUCACAGAGUCUCUACUGUGCAUGUCCUCUGGGAGUCUGCUAUUUAGUUCAUCUCCAAACUCUGUAACAGCAAUUGUUAACUUACUGGACCACUGCAAACAAGCAGAAAGUCUUUUAUGGUGUGUUACUGGGUACAAUCCUACCCUUACUGGUGUACGUUAGCUGUUCUCCAGGUCUCUGAAGGCUAAGGUACUGCUGUCUGGGGCUGUGCGCCUACCUCACAGGUGGUUCUCCCUUUGCGGUACGCACUUACCAUUGCACUUCAUUGGGUUUUUAUAAGUUAGUGCUUCAUUCACUGCUAAAAAUCUGUACUGUAGUACUAAUGCAUAAGCCUGGAAAAUGCAACAUGGAAAAUGAAAUUAAAAACAAAGGAAAAUCCAUUGUUUAAUUAACAGGAUCAGGAAAUGUGGCAGUUUCUCUUUACACAAGUUUUUCAAGCAGCUCACAAGGUUGGGGAAGGAACAUCGUGAUUCUUGAAAGCAACAGAAUGUCAUUCUAAGAAUUUACCAAACUUCAUCUUAAAUCAUUCCACAUGCUUCUAGUUGAGGUUUUCUUAACCAUGUUUUUCUAUAGUUAGAGAAACCAUUAAAUCUAUUUUGUAGAUAUAUACUUAUUCUGUACUGUAAAAACAGAAAUGUUGUGCUGAACUUCAGGCAUGUUUGGUAUUUUCAUUCAGAUGAGGCAUGUGAUUUUGAAGAAGAUCUCUCAUUCUCUGCACUUACUCUGCUUUUGUCCAUAUUGGGAAGCAUUCUUGGCAUUGGAUUUCUUUUGGAUGAAGCUGACCUGGAAGGUGUGUUCCAUGAGUCCAUCUAAUGCGAGUACAGCUAGUACAAUCUCAAAAGGAAAAAAUAAUGGAAUAAGUGUAGAAAAGAUUCUUUCUUUCAAUAUUGAUAUUUCUGUGUAAGAAAUCUACUUGUACUGGCUUGCUUUAUUCGCCAAUGUAGACAUAGCUGUAGAUGCAAUUGAGUUGGUAGGUGGCUGUACCAAUUACUUUUCUUACUGUAGGAUCUUGAAAGCUUCCCCCUUUUAAUGUUCUCUAAUCAUUGCGUAAAUUACUUGGUCUGCACUGACACAUCUAGUUCAAUUUACUUCUCUUUUCUUCCACUUUAUCAUGGCAUGUAUUUAUUUUUACCAAUAACUGUGUCUGCAUUUUGAGAAGCAGUCAUCCCUUUAAGCAGAUUUGUUUUCUUUCACAGUCACUAGAGUGCUGAAACAUACAAAACAUCUCUUUUUAUAAAGGACUUAUGCUGGGAAAUACAAACUAAAAGGACGGGAGCACAGUAUGGGCCCUGCAGUUGAGCCAUGGAGCUUGAGAUCCGGGAUCUUGUUUCUGUCCAAGCAUUGUAUUUUAUCCUGUUAAAGCCAUCCAGAAGGCAGGCAAUGUUCCAGCACCAAUAAUCCGCUCCUUUUCCUCCUCACCUACCCGCAGUAAAUCACUGAGAAGGUGUGCACCAAAUCUGAAUUUUUGAAGGAAGGGCAGAAAAGAAAAGCUGAUCUCAAAGUUCAGUGGUGCAGAGAUGUUUAUGUACUGACACAAGGUGAUCUAACAUAUAUUUUUGAUCUGAGAAAAGGCUCAUCUGUUAUUUAGACAUAGCCUUAGCCAAAGCCAAAGACAGUUUUGGCUGUGUCUACAUAACAGAUGAAGUAUUAAAAAGCAGACUGAAGUGUCAGAUAUUUCAUAUAAAUGGCAUGCAGCAUGAGUGCUAUACAUAGGCUGAUUGCCCUGUGGAUGUGGUCUGUGAUGUCUUUGUGCUGUGAAGCGUCACUACUAAUAGUGGAAUUAUAUGGGAAGACUGAGCUUUGUGUUCUGCAGAAAGAAUUUUUGUGUUAUUUUUGUGUUCUUUCUGUUAUUUCUGAAUUACUGCAGCAUGAAGGAGAGAAGAACAAAUGUAACACAGCAAUAACUAAAAGGGUAUGUUGGUUGAAGGCAAACUACAAUAUCUGAAGGAGUGUCAUGAUCAUACCUUCGAAAGACUUACCCUUAUGUUCUCACCUGUAACCUACUGCCUCUGGUCAGGCUGUUUCAGAUAAUGCCACGGUCUGUGCCCUAAGGGUUAGCUCUGCUUAGAAUUUCCACAACUUGUCAAAUUCCUAUUGCUUGUUAAUUUGGGAUGUAAAUAGUGAGAGUAGGUAGUUCAUCCCAUAGAGAAAUUUGAAUGCUGUUGGGAAAUUGGGAUUAAAGCCUAAAACUUAUAUAUGUUUUGCAGUUCCCAGUGUUACCAUUCAGGUUCACCUCACUAGCUUAUAAUCUUAUCCUUCCUUCACAGUUGUUCUCCAGCAGCUUUUGUAUUUUUAAUUCCAAGACAAGCAAGUGGUUAGUCUUACUCAAGUCAUGUGUAUGUGUGUGGUGUGGUUUAUGUUUGUUUAUGUAGUUGUGGCUUGUACAAAUUGAUUUCUGCAGAUUGAUUUCUCUCCAAGAUUUGGUGUUGAUUGUCUACAACUAUAAGAUUAAUAGCUGAGGUCAUCCUUUAUAACCCGAACAAGAUCUUUGUUUAAGAAGUUGAGGUUUGUAAAAGCCUGAAUUUUGGAAAUCAAGUCUAUCUUUAGAUAAAAAUGACUUUUCAUUAGAAAGCUGUGUUUAAGCCGCACAUCUGUUUGUGCUUUAUUCUUUGUGUACUAGUAGCUUACGGAGGUUUUGUCCACUGCUCAUCAUAUCUUGAAGAGUACAAUUGAAGUAGAUGUAGCAGAAAGACAUGGCAAUGGGAUGUGGGACCGGAGGCAUAGGGCAGUUUACAUAUAAAGAGAUUAAAUAAGCUCUGCCUCUUUCUCGUGGAAAAUAGAUGACUGAAGGGGACUGUAUUCAUCUGUUGUUUUCUUUUUCCUGGCUGGCUGGCUAACUUAAAGAGUAUUUUAAGGUGAAGGAAGGGAGAGGAGAAGUACCAUAGUCUCCAUUGCCCAACGUUUUGAGUUACAUCUCAGAUGGCAGCUAAGCUGUUAUUCAGCUUCCCAUUUUUCACUUCCUUUUCUAUGAUGGAAAUAUGAACGUGUCCAAAAAGAGUCACAAAAAGAAUGUUGCUUGAGGAGAGGGAAAGAGGUUACCCAGAUUUAUGUAUUUCAGCUUAAUCACACUCCAUGCUCAGAAGCUGUGUGGUGAAAGGAGUUACUUUAUUUCAUAGUAGUCUCAUAAGGCUGGAGAGAGCAGCGAGGCUAAUAUUAUUUCAUGUUGUUUGGUUUUUGGUUUUCCUUGUGCUUUCUGGAGAUAUAUCAAUAUCCUGCUGUUAGGGUGUACUAAAUCAGAAUAGUAAUGUACAGGAUGUGGCUCAGAAACACUAAAAGUGUGCCUGGAGAAGGCCGAGACACGUGUAAUUGCUGGCAGCUUUUUCACAUUGUGAGAAGGUAGCAGACAGACAGAAGUAGAGCUGUGUAAUUCCUCAGGUGUAAAUCAACCUGUAGUAGUCAAACAUGACUGACGGCAAACUUCUCCCUCAGCACAGUCCAUGGGCAGGAACAACAUACACGUGUAUGCUGUUCUACUGAACUUCAGAGAUGAAACACUGUCCCUUGGAUCCAGCUGUGUGUUGCCACCUUGAAUAGUAUUUCUGAGGCAGUCUUUCCUAAGCUGUGAAAGAAGUAGGUGAUUACACUGAAUGACUUCCUCUGUACAGCGAAGUCACUUUGGACCUGCAGACGGGGUAAAUGAGGCAGAAAAUCACGUCUGGUGGUUUUAACAAAAAGACCUUGUGAAGUCCAGGAAAGAUACUAAAAAUAAUACGAUACCUAUUAUUAAAUGACACUGUCUUGUUCACAUCUGAACUUACUGUGGAAGCACUCUGAACAGUCAUACAGUGCCUGGAAACACACCAGAGUGUACCUCAAAGGAGAUUAGCAGAAAUGGGCAGAUGCCCCAGGUAACCUUCCGUUCUUAGGAGUUCUCUACAAGCAGUAGCUUCCCAAAGGCACAAGAGAUGAGGUUCUGCAGCAUGCUGGGUGCGUUAGUCCUGCCUCUCAGCUCUCUGAUGCAGAAGGAAGUGUUCAGCCUUUUAGAGCUAGCUUUCCCUCAGAUGUGAGGGCUUUUCUUCCACUGACAUCACACUCAAUCUCUUGUCUAGGGGAAAACAUGGAUUCAGAAGACAACAUUUUCACUAAUUCAGAUUUUCAAGAAAAACAAAACCUCUUGUCUGGGCAAGGUGUUAGUAGGUUGGAGAGCAAGGAGCAACAGCUUUUAGGCAAUAAAUAAAAUCUUAGCUAUUCUAAAUGAACAGCUGCUGUCUCAUAGAUAUAAGCACUAAAUGGUGGCUCAGUUUAUGUAAAAACAUGUAUAUAUAUAUCAUGAAAGGGUACGUUAGGAUUGGUCCGCAACACAUUGUGUCAGAAUUCAGCUGAUAACUCUGAUGCAGCAGCAGUUUUACACCAUUUCUUUUCCAAAAGACAUUUACUUAGCCCUUGCAUAUUUUGAAAAAUGUAAGAUGUCAGAAAUAUUUGAAUUAAGCACUCAUUUUCUUGGCUGCUGGGUUGUAGUUGGUCUAAGAAGCAGUAAAUUAAUAAUGCUAAAGAUGUUCUCAGGAGAAAAGAAAAUCCUCAAACAUCAGGCAGUUUGGCUAUUUUUAAUAUUAUAUAAUUUCAAAACAUCUGUUUUGAAAAGCAAAUAUUGUGGCAGCAAUGAGCUUUUAAAAUUAACUUAGUUAUUCUCGACAGAAAAGUACUUCUGCAUUUCAAAGUUAACAAAAUAUCAUUGAGGUAUUUUUCAUUUUUGUAAGAAGAAGAAAAAACCCACAUACCCCCGAUGGGUGACGACUCUCAGAGUCGUAACGGGGUUAUGAGUAAUUCUAGACUUUCUGUCAACUUGUUUCACGCCAAUAUUGAUCACUUAAAAUUAAUAGAAAACAUACCUACAAUAACUUUCUCCUAUUUGACUGCAUCAGGGACAUAUUUUUGCAGUAAGACAUGGUUAGGUAGUAUGAGCUCUACCUUUGUACUUGCAAACUUUCAAAGUGGUGGGAAGAAAAGCACUUGGGUCUCUAGGAUGUGGUGUGGAGAAAUAAACAUAGUGUUUCACACAGAGGUAGGGAACGUGGCAAGGCAGGCCACACCAUGCAUUGGCACCCUCUCUUCAUCCUACCCUCACUCCUUCCCCAGAUGAUCUCCUCAGUUUCACCUGAUUCCAAUGGCAGCUUCCCUAAUCUCUUCACAAACAAACCCACACACCCAGGUCUUGUCACUCACAUUUUCCCACCUCUUCUGUCAUUACUUGUGCCUUUCUGUCUGCUCCGCCAUCUCAUUUUCAUUUAGUCCAAUGACACUGUUUCAGUCCCCAUCUUUCUCUCCCUUUUCCACAUACCCCUUAUGAAGAGGUUGUGACUGGUGGGCCUGACUCCUCCUCUGGGAGGCCAAGAGUUUGCUCCGUGGUUGCUUCUCCAGCACUGUUAGGAUUACAACAGGAAAUCACCUCCACAAUCCUCCCCCAGUUCCCACCACCAAUGAAGUAAAAGGGCUUCACUAGCCCAACUUCAUGUGCAGAAGUCCCAGAGCUCCAGCAGCCCACCAAGAGAAAGGCAGGGAUGCUCCAGUGACUACUGCCUGCCUCCACCUCCUCACUAUCCAAUCUGUUGAAUUCCAGAAAAGAGCUCAUAAGAAUCAGCACAGGAAAUGUUUCAGGCUGACGUUGUUAAAGAGAAAAAAAAAAAAAAAAGUUAACUCAUCUCUUUUAAUUGUUGUAAAGAUGACUAAUAUCAGGCAAUGACAUUUGCUAACGUGUAUUCCUGGCUCUGUGGGGUUUCCCUUCCUCUCUGCAACUUCUGAUCUCCCGUUUUGGCUCAGUUCCCCUGUUUACUAUUUCAUGCACUCCCUCGCAAUCCUGCAUGACCAGUGCCAGCUUGCUUCAGACCAUAGAUGUGCCAGAAAAGGCAGUCACAGCCCUCUGCUAGCAAAUGCUACUGAACAUUAUGUCAGCAGACACUUGUUCUGAGUACAGCCAUUUUUAUAAUAUACUUGCACGUGUUUGAGGCAACAUUUUUCAUUGACAACAACGUAUUCAUCUAAGCAGAUGAGCUGGAGGAAGAAAUAAAGAGUAUGAAUCCAGCAACAGAGAAGGAACAAGCAAGACUGCACAAGAAUUUGGUGGAAGUCACCCAUAGCUGAACAGAAAGACAGGGCAGUGUGUUACAGUACAGCCAGGAGUGAACAUCCAGUGUGUUAAACUGCUCCUACUUUGCUUGGUAUUUCACUGGUGGUUCUGAUGCCAGUGGAAAAGGUGAAUCAGGAACUUGGCAUCUCUGAACGUCUGAUCCCUUGUGAAGAUGUGCAAGUUGAAUUAGAUCAGUGGCCCUGAAGUGGCAGCUGCAAAUCACAAGGCAUGGGGAGUGAGUGUCCACUGCGCUGCCCUUAAUCUCAGCGCCUGGGGCAAAGGAGCCGCUACCAUCAGAGGUGGUCCCAAGGGCCACUUUUGCAUAAGAAAAUGCAAGAGCAAUUGAAGCCAAAGUCUUCUCUGUCAUUGUCAGAAGAGGAGUUCUUCAUUUAUUUAGAGGCAAUUGAUAAGGGAGGAGCACUUGCUUUUUACUGCCAUAGGUAUUGGAAAAAGCUGUGUUCAAGCAAGACUCUCCUUUCUGUUUUAAUUCUUUCCACAUCUCUCACUGUCUUAAAUUACAUCGAAUAGUUGCCUAGAGAAAUGCUGUGGCUUUCUAUGUCAUUUUAUUUUGUUGGAAAAUUUGGUGGGACAGCAAUCCUUAUAGUCAUGACACAGUAAAAUACACCAGGUGAUCAUUUGGCUUGAGAGCAGCACAGUCAACACCAGUACUGACACAGGACACGUUUCUGUGGCAAAAGCUCAGUUUUCAGUGGAUGUUUGUCUUCUCCCCAUCCUAUAACUUUAGGAAAAAAAUCUAUUUUUUUGUAUUUAUGUAUUUUUAUACUUUGCAGCUGCUAGGUUGUCUAAAUCAAGACACAUGUUAACAAAUGUGUUCACAGUGAGAGAGCUGAGGCAGCUGCAGCUGUAUUUGUCCUGCAACACUGACAUUAAACACAGACAUUUAUCACUGAAUUAGGCAGCGCUGCCUCUGUACGGACAAAAAGCAGACACACUGAGCAGAUAAUAGUUAUAAGUGGAAAUUAGAUGUGCUUAUAUUUGUAUAGGUGCGUGCACAUAUAUAUUCAGGUGUGUACAGAUAGAUGUGGCUGUACCCAAAACCAAGGUUUGAGCAGUAACAACUUGAGCAAGGCACGUACAUGGCGGUGAGCUGCAUGCACUUAAAACCGACCACAUUUUUCAACCCAACAGGCACUUUCACAAAGAGAGGAUGAGGCACCUGCUGUGAAGUCUUUUACUCAUGUGAAUAGUCUCACUGACGUCAGUGGGCUUUUUCGCUCACAUGUGAAGGUGUUUUCAGGCUAAGUCAUAUCUGUUUUGAAGAGUCUCGCCAUAGCGUACUCUAAGAUCAGGACUUGGCUCUUCAGUGUGGUAGUAAAGUUUACAAGCCUAUAUUACUACAUUCUUUCCAGUCCAGGUGUGCAAAGAAUUACAAAGAUAUGAUGAACACCGUUGCUCAAGAUUUGAUUUACAGUAUUUCCAAACACGGUAAUAAGAGCUCCGGGUUUUUUUUUUACGUGCAAGAAAUAAAUAAAGGAAAUUAUUUCAUUAUACUGGAAAGUGAUGACAGCCAUUGCAGACUGUCUAUGAGACAGACUGAACCUAGAAAAGCACAUUGCGUGACUGAUUUGUGCUCUCAUGUAGGCCACUGUAAACUGAAAAUAAUUCACGUGACAUCCAUGCUAUUAAUCUGUUAAUGGAAAGAAAAUUGGAGUAUGGUGGGUUAUAUUUUGUUUAGAGAUGAGAUACUGAAAUAAGCAGCUGAUAACGUUGGGAGAUGCAAGCUAUGUCUACACUCUAUUUUUUGCACAUGCCUCCUGAUAUUACUGAGCAUCAUGGAGAUAUGAGGGAGUUCUUUCUUAGCUCUUCUCAUAGAAAUAGUGGAGUAUGGCAGUUCUAUUCCUGUUUUCAAGAUGUAGAAUUGAGGAAUAAAAAACAGGCGUGGUUUCUUUGCAGGGCAAACAGAUGCAUCUACCAAAGCGACAAAAAAACACAUACAGAAAGUAAAUCUCUGCCGUAGCAGCUGAUGGAAAGUUAACGGUCUCUGUCCCUCUGCCUCCCAAAUCACAUUGAACUUGGGGCAAAUCGGAGUGUGCCUGCAGUGUGAUAAUGCUUUAGAUCUUGUAAAGAUACAGCCUGUGGGUUCUGCUGGCUGAGAUUGGCUCAUCCACUGCAGUCAGUGUUUCUGUUUUGAAACUUCAGUUACCACAUCAGAAACCACGCCAGGCAGAGAGAAAUUAAAAAGAAAAAAAAAAAAAAGAAGAAACAAUUAAAAAAACACACAUUUAUGUUACUAGUUUUAAAAUAUUUUAGUGUAACAGGUAAGCUCACGACUCCUGCUACUUUAAAAUGUGCUUAAGGGAUAUAAAUGUUUUUCUUCAAGGUUGGGCAAAUGUCAAAAGGUGCAGGUAUGCAAAACCAUUCAGAAAACCAGUGGAAGUGAUUUGCUUCGUUUGUGAUGAGCUGGCUGGUUCUAUUCGCUGACCAUGCAUUAGCCCCAUCAGCACCACAUAUUUUAUAAAACUUUAAAGGAAAAGAAGUGUGAAAUGUGAGCUGACAGGGAAGGUUUCCACUGUCCUCUACUUGACACGGAUGUAACACUGGCUAAUUUUUAUGAGGCUUAUCAAAACAGGGCUGGCAGUGACCUUAAGAUCCCAUCUGUCCCGCUACCCCUAGGCAGAACCAGCUCAGUGUUGCCUGGCAGACAGUACCCUAAUCUGCCCUUUGAAACAUCCAGAGCCCUCCCAGACAGUUCGCCUUGUGUGUCCUCUUCUGCCCAUCAGGCAUUGCUGCUGGUGACUUCUUUCAACCUGAAACUGAACUCCCUUUCUUCUUUUCCUUGUUCAUGGAUGACAUGGAGGAUAAACUGUCCCGUAAUGUAAAGAUUUGCAGUGUUGCCCCAGCUCCCUGACAACGUCUAUCUCUGGUACGUUAGCUGCCAAAGAAGCAGAGAUGGGGGCUGAUCAGCAUGGCUGCUGUCUCGAGGGCAGGGAGGGAGAGGCAUCUGCAUUGGUCCAUCCUAACCAGAGAGAGAACCUAACCAUUGCAGGGCAGUGCUCACUGGCCCUGUUGCUUGUAAUUAAUGCAAAGCAGACGCGUCCCUCAGAGAGUCUGAGUUACCAGAGACAUCUCUCUUCCUCUUCUGCUGCUAGGUUGGGAUUUUUUAAUCUUGGCUCUGGAGGUUUUCAGACCCUUCAGUAUGUGCUUUAUUUUAUUCUUAAUUCUCUCCUUGUUGGUCUUUUAGGUUUCUCCUCAGUGUUCUUUAAUGAGAAGCUUUUUAUGGCUUUGGUCCCCCUCAACCUAAGAAAUAAAUCCAUUUUCUAUAUCCUCCUGUUUGGGAAUUGCAACAGAAUGUUCAUUUGUGCUUCAGUACUUCCCCUUCUCUCUACAUAGAUUUCCCAGUUGCCUUCUACAGGACUUGGUCAGGGCUGUGUCACUUCUGUUUUUUUUCCUUCUUGUCCCCGUCUCCAGGCUGUGCAGUUGAUGGCUUCCCUGCAGUCUCAUAAACGUUAAUGCAGGGAUUUGCUGCAAAUGAUGAAAUUUGAUGCAUGGAUGAUUUCUUGCAAUCCAUGUAAUACUGAUUUUGGUUUGUUCUUCUUACUAGCAUGCACGUUAAUUAAGUAAUUAAUUAAUUGUUUCUCCACUAAACAAAUGUUGCCAACUUGAGGAUGUUUAUUGGGCAGCUUCAUACUUGCAUUUGGAAUCAUUUCACCUAGAGCAGAGGGACUGUGGAGGACAUUUAUUUUGGUGGAAAGUAAAACUUUAUUUUCUAGGUUAUCUCCCACUUAGAAGAAAAUGUUAGAGUAAAGCAAAUGCAGACACCUUCUUGGCAGCCUCUUUCUGCUGCUAUCACAUCCUCUGGCAUCUCAAACUUUUUGAUUUCAUUAACUGAGCCUGUAAUUUGAGCCCUUGUGAGAUUACAGUCAUUGGGCAUUUCUAUGUCCAAGUGUUCAAGGAAAGGGGACUUUCUACAUACCAUUGGUAAAUAAGUAACCUUGCCCGAAGGACUGUGCUUGACAACAAGACUCAUUCUCCAGGAAAAAAAAAGAAAAGAAAAAAGAAAUUGAAAGUCACCAAAUACCAGCUAAGUGCUAGGGAAUAAAAGAGAGCAACAUUAGAAACACUCUCCAUAAAUAGGCUUAUGGAAAGCUGUAGACAGAGAUGCAGGCAUAUACUGGAGUUUCUUUUGAAUGUUAAUAUACAAACAGAGGCUUGGAAAAUCCAGGAUUUCCAACAUGUCAGUUUACAGAAUAGCUUUUUCUGAUUGUUUCAAAGACAACUAGAAAUGAGUAAGUUAACCAGGAAAAUGAUGGUGAUUUUUACUUACAAAAGCAGCUAGGUGUUACACAUGGUAUGUUAAAUGCAAUUCAUACAAGUGAAUGAACAUUUUAGUAAGAGUGAAAUAUACCACCAAAAAAAUAUAAUAAGGUCUGCUUAAGGAGACAACAAAGGUCCAGGUCCGUUCAUUCAGAUAGGUUCCCGCUGUUCAUGUUAAUGUGUUGUAUUUCCUCCUUUCUUUGUCACUUUUUGAUACUUUAAUAAUUCAAAUUGCAUCCCUGGAGGAAGAGGGUUCUGAAAAGUCCUGAAAGACCACAGAUUCACUUUUUCUCUUCCCUAUUAUGCUCUCAUGGCCACUCGUAACAAGAAGCUGCUCCCCAGCAGCUGCAGCUUCAGGGUUGAUCUCAGGGCUGCUGAGAGUUGCUGGGGAUUGGCUCACAGCUUGAAGGUUGGGAUUCUGCCCCAGCCCCAAAGUCCUCUGCUUUGCAAGUAAUUUAGCAAUGUGAACAUAGGAAACUGGGCUCUGAAGAGUCCUCGGACUUGCUUGCUUUGCUCAUUUAUUUCAAAAGACGGUUCAAGGAACAGUAAUUUAGAUGAAUGACAUACCUGAGAGUUGUAUUGUUCUUUGCCCAACCCUAGGAAUGUUCAUUUUGAAUCUACCAACAUGAAGAAUGUCCUCCACUGGUUAGCACCAGAAGGUACAGGAGAUGGAGUACUCUACAAUGUGAAAUAUUCAGUAUAUGGUGAUGGCAAAUGGAUUAGGAAGCCAGAAUGCAGGAAUAUCAAUAGAACAUGGUGUGACCUCUCCAGUGAGACUGCUGACCAUGAAGAGCAAUACUACGCGAGUGUUAAAGCCUUCCUAAAUGGGAAGUGCUCUAACUGGAUAGAGACAACACGAUUUAACCCUCUUACAGACACUAAAAUUGGCCCACCCAUGGUAAAUGUGUCUUCUACUGAGAAAUCUAUUUCAAUCACACUGACUGUUCCUGAGAAGUGGAGAAGAAGUGCUGACGGAGAAUCUGUAUCUCUGCUUCAAGUAUAUCCUGGCCUGCAAUACAACGUGUCUGUGCUCAAGAAAAAGACAAAGAAACGAUGGUUCUUCUCCAUCAGCAACAGCACCUUGGUUGUGCCCUGGUUAGAACCUGGAACAGCUUACUGUGUCAGCGCGCAGAUCCAUGUCACUACGCCACUUCUACACAGUGGGUUUUCUAAAGAGCACUGCAUUUCUACUUUGAAAGAUAAAACAACAGAUGAGACUAUAACAGUUGUAUUUGGAUACAUUCUGCCUAUUGUGCUAGCUGUCCUUUUUACUUCAGUGGCAUGCUGCUGUGUGCACAGGUACAUUCAUGUCAGCAAACAGAAGCAUCCAACAAGCCUGGUAUGGCACUAUACUGAUAAAUGCAAGGAAAAGGUUUUUAUACCUUGUGAAAAAAUAGUGGUCAACCUUAUCACAGUUAAUGUGGAUGAGUCCAAACCAUCUCAGGAAUCCAUUCAUCCAUCAGAAAUGAAAAGCCCCCGUUAUUAUACUGUUUACAGUGGCGCUGAAGGGAGAGAUGUGUCUCUAAAAGAAGUGCCAGAAGCAAAAUACUUGCUGGAUAUUUCUCAUGAAGAGAUUUCACAAGAAGAGGACAUUUUAGCUGAGGGGGAUAAAACUGGAACGAAGAAUGACCAGCCUGGAAUGAAGAAUACUAUGAGACAAAAAAACGGAGGGAGUGUAGAGUAUGAACUUGGUGUAAGGGCUGAUGACUUCAGUCCUGGCCAAAGCCUAGAAGAACUCAGUCUGAAAGAGAAGACAUCGACGCCUGGGGGACUAGGUGAGCCACAGACUGCUUUGGGAAACUUAGUUAACAUUAAAACAGGAAAGGCAUAUUGCCCCCAACUGGAGGUGAGGGCAACAGACCCUUCUUCGGGACAGGAAUUAGAGGAACUUAAGCUGAAGAUGGCUGACACAGUGGAUGAAUUGCUGGGUAAGGGCCGUAUCAACCUGGUGGACUUGCAUGAUGAAAAAUCUGGGCACACAUCUUACCAUCGGCUAGGAAAAAUAGCACACGGCAUCACAGAGAAAGAGAGUGAACAGACCGUACUGGUGGAUUGGGACCCAAACACUGGCAGAUUGUAUAUUCCUACUUUGUUCAGUGUUGAAAAUGAGGUGUGUAAAGGAGUAUUUAAGUGUGAUGGCCCUAACAAAGAGGGAAUUUUGUCCAGACUGUAUGAGAAACAGGUAUCUGAAGAAUCAUCUCAGGACCAAGAAAUGUAUCUGCUGCGAUUCCAGGAACAAUGGGGACUGCAUGUAGAAAUGGAAGACUGAACAGUGAUUUUCUAGAAUACUGUAAACCACAAAACCCUGUUUACUUUGCCAAAGAGAAUGACAGACUCAGUAGAGCUAACAUAUCGUAAUGUACUGGAAGUUUUUAGAACCGUCACAGUCGAGCAACUUAUUCACAAUAUUUAUAACAACUUCCAGGCAUGAUAUUGGUGAUUUCAACUCCCACUGUAGACCUCUCAGGUGAAAUAUACUGGUUGUCAGAUUACCUUCUUUUUAAAAAAUAAAAAUCUCUGCACAGAGGGUGCUGUUAAGAUUUUCAUAUUGUAAUUGCUACUAAAGCAAAUUAUUUUGGUUUGAAAGCUGUUAUUUUUAGCAAUAAAAAGCAACAAUACGAUA